AUACCACGGAAGAAGCCCACCAACUUAAACACUCACACACUCACUCUUUCAUCCCAAGAUAUUUGGCCGAAAGGGUCAAAAUGCAAGUGUCGCUCAGCGUACUGGACAGGGAAGACGGCAGAAUGGCGGCGGCAACAACAACAUACGCGACGCCUCCAAAAGAGGAUUCCUCUCUUCAUCCUCUAUGGAGCGUCUACAGCCUACAGGGAAGCGAUGCUGCUGCCUGUUGCUCUACCACGUACAGCACAAGAAGUCAUCACGCCGCGUAAGCCGGGGACAGGGGAGGCCGGAGGCCAGCCCGCCCGCCCGGCCGGCCUGCUUGGUUCACGAGGUUCUCGGAUCCAGGGAGUCUGCUCGCGGGGUGCUGGAGGCGCGAGUGGGCCGGAGAGGAGGCGCCCGCCUGCUGCUGUCUGCCGGCGCUUCACAGCUUUCUGGCUUCUGCCCGCAGGUGCUUGGGCCGGGCGAAGCGAGGCAAGGGCGCUGGGACGGCUUCGGCUGCCAAUGAAAGAGCCGCGUGUGGGCUGAACGCGGCCGCGCCUGUUCCUAGCACAACCCUGGGCUGAAGCAGUUCCCAAAGAGGCGACCGGCGCGACGGAGCGAGCAAGUCCGCCAGCGCACGAGACAACCGCACACAGCCGCCGCCGAGCCUCCCGCCGCUCUCGCCCUUUUCACACCCGCGGACACGCAGACAGGCAAGAGUGGCCUCGACUUCCCGAAGUUCCCGGGCGCGCAAGUGAUUGACAUGAAGCAUUGGCUGCACCUCAUUGCUCUUCUCUUUGCUAUCGAAGCCAUCUGCAUUGAUCCAUGUUAUGGUGCCAAAGUGCUGGCAAUGCCUACAAUUGUAUUUGAUAGCCACCUACUUAUCUUCACACGUGUAGCACAAGCAUUAAAUAGCCGGGGACAUGACUCUGUCCUCCUCCUCCAUGAAGGUCGGAAAAUGGACUCCUUCCCACAGGACUUCCGAGUACAGAGAUACCAAGGUAUUUUCAGCACAGAAAAUGCUGAUGACUGGCUGCAAGAAAAGCUGAAGCAUGUGAUUGAGGGGGAAAUGACUGUCUUGGCGCUGUUUUCUCUUCUGGGGAAGUACCUGGAGAACUGUGAUCUAAUGCUGGGAAAUACUAGCCUUCUACAGCAGCUUCAGAGUGAAAACUUUGACUUGGUCUUGGUAGAUCUUAAUGAAAUGUGUGGCUUAAUCAUAGCCCACCUCCUUGGUGUAAAAUAUGUUGCCCUCUCCACUGGCUUUUGGUUCCCUGCAGAGAUUGGAGCCACUUCCCCUAUUGCCUAUGUCCCUGAAUUCAACUCCAUGAUGACUGAUCAAAUGGGCUUUGUGGGCCGAGCUUGGAAUCUCCUACUUUUUAUCAUGUCUCGCAUAGGAACCAGGAUGGUGAUCAUGCCCAGAUUUGACUUUUUAAUGGAGAAGCAUGUGGUAGAACCACAGAAAUCCAUGAUAGAGCUUUUCCAUGGUGCCAGUCUCUUCCUCCUGUCCAAUGACGUGGUGCUUGAUUUCCCUCGGCCUACUCUUCCCAAUAUUAUUUUCAUUGGGGGAAUUCUUGCAGAACCUGCAAAGCCCCUUCCAGUGGACCUGCGUCUCUGGAUGGAAACUGCAGAUGCUGGUGUUGUCGUAGUCUCCUUUGGCAUUGGUAUUAAAGUGCUCCCAAACAACAUAGUGGAAAAUAUGGCUGGGGCAUUUGCACGCCUUCCACAGAAGGUUGUAUGGAGAUACUCUGGUCAGAAGCCAGGUAACCUGGGCAAGAACACACUGAUGAUGGAAUGGCUUCCUCAAAAUGAUCUGUUGGGCCACCCCCGUGUGACAGCCUUUGUCAGCCAUUGUGGAUUGAACAGCAUAUUUGAGGCCAUCUUCCAUGGAGUGCCAGUUAUAGGCUUCCCUCUCUACGGGGACCAGUUUGACAUUAUGACACGAAUUCAGGCUAAAGGGAUGGGGAUCCUUGUGGACUGGAGCCGGGUUACUGAAGAUGGUCUCUACCACACAUUGUCCACAGUAAUUUCUAACCCCAGUUUCCGCAAGGCAGCCAAGAAGAUCUCAGAAUUGCAUCUGGAUGCACCUAUGCUUCCCCUCAACCGCACAAUCUACUGGCUGGAGUACAUCCUUCAUCAUGAUGGAGCACCACACCUCCGCCCAUUCCUCUACAAACUUUCUUUCUAUCAGUACUAUUGCUUGGAUAUUUUGGCACUUCUGCUUCUUUGCUUAGGAGGCAUCCUCUAUGUUAUAUACAGACUAUGUUUGAAGCACAGGAGAUCAGAAGUCGGCCUAGUGCAUCGAAAUGGUCACUAUUUGAAUGGCCAUGUUCUGGAGGAGAAGAAAGUGCAGUAGGGCUGGGCAGAAUGUACGUUGGUGCCUCUGUAUGUAGAAAUGGGUGGAAAUGAGGACAAUGGCAAAAGGGGAUGCUGGAUGUGAGGCCUCUGUGAGAGCAUUGAAAUCAGGACUAAAUCUGCGAAAUGCAUACUCCCCUCUUCCCUGAUUCACUAUAGCACGGUUGUUCCUUGUAAGGCCUGAGAGCCAGUGGUGACCCCCAUCAGCCCUAAGUGUGGCUCCCUGACUCAUGGUGUAUUGCGUCUGUGUGGAACUUUGGCCAGAAUGAAAUACUCUGCACAGUCCCCCUGGCACCAUGUGGAGUUCCCACUGUAUUGUGCUGUGCUUUGCCCAGCACCGGUGGAGUUCCUUUAAGGGAAAUGAAAUCUUCUGCAGCCCCUGCACCAAAGUAGUCCCUGCUUGAAAAAAUAGUGAAGAUCAUUGCGUUAUAGUUAAGAUAUGGGAGCAAAGGAGCAGGAAUAGUGCUUUUAUGGUCUAGUACAAUGGUUUUCAGCCUUGGGCCUCCAGAUGUGGUUGGACUACAUCAUCCCCAGCCACAGUGGCCAAAGGACAGGGAGUUUUAGUCCAACCACAUCUGCGGACCCAAGCUUGAGAACCCCUGAUCUAGUAGCUGAGGAAUAUCAUUGCCACAUGCUCAGCAGCAAGCAAGGGUCCCAAGAAGACUUCGAGCCCUUUUAUGUACUACAAUGAAACCAAAAUGUUUUUCAAAGUUUGUUCAUCAGUGGGUGGUGUUCCAGUUUCCCUUGGUACUUUACACUCUUGUCUGUUUAAUAGUAAAUUAUUUUUAAUAAAUGACAUUGUUUCAGUCAUUUUAGUCAAGGAUUGAAUUUGAAUUUGAAAGCUUGAUGGAGCGAUUUCAGUUGUUGCUUCUAGUUGUGAUAUACCUAGGAGGCACCUGAAGAUCAGCUAGCCUUAUUCCUUGCAUAAGGUAGAAUCCCUCCUGCACCAACCCAGGUAAUCUAAAUUAGUUGUGGGGGUAAAAAAAGAAAAUGGAACAAUCAAGACUCGGUACACCAGAGUUGCUCAAACAAAGUACAAAGCUGCCCUUCUCAUAGAUAUUCCCAUCUCUAUCCUAGCUAGGUCUUUUGGUGUGUCAUCAAAAUGCUUCUCCUAAGUUCCCACCUCUUCUUCCUACUAAUAGUUGUGAUGCCCAAUCUGUGAUCUUGAAGGCAGGGGAAAUAAUGCACAGUUGAGAUGAUGGAAGCAGAGAGAGAGAGAGAGAGAGAGAGAGAGAGAGAGGGUGGGGGCUGUUCACCUAUGCCAUAUUGCUAUCUGUGGCAAGCUAUGCUUCAGUUCCAACCUAUCUUCUGCCGCUCUAUGGAGAGAAUAAGGGCUUACAACCCCAAAGCAGGAAAAAAAGGUAAAGCUUUGCACUAUUUGAAACUUAAGGACUCUUGAGUAGUGGGGAAAUGCUAAUUUUUUUAUUUCUUUUAAGAUCAAAAUUGCCCUGCAAAUGCUUCUUUGGCUACAGUAAAAGAAAAACCACAUUCAUUUUGCCAGUUGUGUUUGCUUUGUCGACAUCCUCCUUCCCGCAGCCAAGGAGAAUAAAAGAUUCAAUGGUU